AUGAGGACAAAUCCUGGUUCAACAGUAAAGAUAUAUGUGAAUGUCAUGCUUGAUUCCACUACUUACUUUUCUAAAAUGUAUGUUUGUUUUAAGGGUGUGAAGGAUGGUUGGAUUGUAGCAUGUAGGAGGGUAAUAGGGGUAGAUGGUUGUUUUUUAAAGGGUAUAUGUAGAGCCCAACUGUUAGUAGCUAUGAGUAGGGAUGCAAACAACAACAUCUUCCUUAUUGCAUGGGUUGUGGUGGAAGUUGAAAAUAAGGAAACAUGGAAGUGGUUUCUUGACCUCCUUCUGGAUGACAUUGAAAUGGGAAUUGGUCAUGGAUUGACCCUCAUAUCAGACCAACACAAGGGAUUAAUAGAGACUGUCAAAGAAAGGGUUCCAACAGCAGAGCAUAGACAAUGUGCUAGGCACAUCUAUGCUAACUUCAAGAAAAGAUUCAAAGGUGAACAAUAUAGGAAGUUGUUUUGGGCAGCAGUUGCUAGUACUACUCAACCUAAAUUUGAGGCAGAAAUGAAUUCCAUAAAAAAAAUUGACCCUUUGGCUUAUGAACACCUCAUGGAAAGGGACCCUAAAAGUUGGUGCAGAGCAUUCUUUGGAGUGGAUAGGGUUUGUGAUGCUUAUGAGAAUGGCAUAUUAGAAAGUUUAAACUCUAUUAUUGAUUUGGUUAGGAAGAGGCCACUUAUCACCAUGUUGGAAGAGAUAAGGAUUUAUGCAAUGGAGAUGAUGUAUAAAAUGUUGAUAGAGGGACAAAGUUGGGGGAAUUUAAAAAUAUGUCCAUCUAUAAGGUUGAAGAUAUCAAAGCUAAAGAAACAGAAAAGGAUUGGAAAUGAUGGAUAUGCUGUGGACCUUAACAACAACACAUGUGGAUGUAGAUCUUGGCAGGUAUCAGGUAUCCCAUGUGUGCAUGCAGUGGCAGCCAUUUCAUACCUCAACAGAAAUGCAGAGGAUUAUGUUGCACCAUGGUUCCAUACAACCAUGUUCUUGACUUGCUACAACCAUACCAUUAAUCCACUUAAUGGUAGUUCCAUGUGGCCUGAAGUUACAUACAUGAAGCCAUUGCCUCCCAAAAAAAGAAGUUUACCAGGAAGGCCAACCAUUAAAAGGAAAAAGGAUCAAUUCGAGAGGGAAAGCCAGGGGAAAAUAAGGCAUACUAUCUCAAAAGCAGGUGCAGUUAUGAGAUGCACCAUUUGUAUAGAAACAGGCCACAAUAGAUCAACAUUUCCUACAAGACCAAAAGAUGCAGCAUCCAAUUCACUGCCAAAAAAGAAGAAAGCUAAUAAAUGUAAAACAGAUAAAGGUACUGUGGAACCAGUUCAAGUAGAUCCAAUUCAAGUGGAAGCUCCUGCACAACCAGAUGAUGAUGUUCAAGUAGAUCUAAUUCAAGUGGAAGCUCCCGCUCUACAUGUUGAUGUUCAUGUAGAUGAUCUUGUUAAUGAUGUCCCUGCUCAACAUGUUGAUGUUCAUGUAGAUGAUCUUGUUAAUGGUGCCUCUGCUCAACCUGAUAACUGGGAAGAGGACAUGAAAAUACUCAGAAAGAAUUACCAAGAUUGGGUUGAGGAGAAAUGUUUUGAAGAAAUAAGGAAGCAUUGA